CUAGUUUUGAAUGCAAGAUAAUAAGUGCAAGUUACAAUUAAUACAUGUCAUUAUCGAGCCCAAGUGUUCACCCUUCUUCGGGCAUAUCUUAGCCGUUCAAAAAGUGGGAGGGACGGUAUAUAACAAGAUGGUAACAUAGUCAUUUCACACAACCAGUCUUCGGCGAACGAACGAAGACACACAGCAACAUGAAGUUUUUGGUUGUAUUGGUCGCUUCGCUGGCCGUGGUGGCCUUUGCCAGCGAGGAGAAAGGCGCACCGAAACAAGCGGCAGCAUCCGAAGAUAAGAAGCAGGAGAAGAGAGGAAUUUAUGACUUUGGUCAUUAUGGAGGCGGUGGUGGCAGCAGUGAGGGAGGUUAUGGAGGACAUAGCUUCGGCGGUGGCGAAAGCGUGAGCUUCGGACACGGCGGUGGUGAAAGCUUCGGUCACGGAGGUGGCGAGAGCUUCGGACACGGCGGCGGUGACAGCUACGGACAAGGGGGUGGUGACAGCUACGGACAUGGCGGUGGUGACUUCGGUGGCUCCAGCGGUGGCUGGAAACCCAUUGCCUCUGAUGAAGGCCACGGACACCAUCACCACCAACACCACGAACACGUCAAGACCAUCGAAGUCAUUAAGAAGGUCCCUGUCCCAUACACCGUUGAGAAGCACGUCCCCUACACCGUUGAGAAGAAAGUACCUUAUGAAGUUAAAGUACAUGUGCCCCAGCCCUACACCGUCGAAAAGAAAGUCCCCGUCACCGUGAAGGAGUACGUCAAAUACCCCGUGUACGUGCCUGAGCCCUACACCGUUGAGAAGAAGGUACCAUAUGAAGUCAAGGUCCCCGUCGACAAGCCCUACGAAGUGAAGGUUAAGGUGCCCACUCCUUACACCGUCGAAAAGAAGAUCCCCUAUGAAGUCAAGGUCCCCGUACCCCAACCCUACACUGUUGAGAAGAAGGUCCCAGUCCCCGUAAAAUACGAAGUCAAAGUACCCCAACCCUACGAAGUCAUCAAGAAGGUGCCUUAUGAAGUGAAAGUGCCCGUCGACAAGCCCUACAACGUGUACGUGCCCAAACCUUACCCAGUCCCUGUUGAGAAGCCCUACCCCGUCACAGUCCACAAGCCUGUGCCCUAUGAAGUCAAGGUUGAGGUUGAGAAGCCCUACCCAGUCCACAUCAAGGUCCCAGUGCCCAAACCUUACGACGUGUACAAGAAGAUCCCAUACACCGUUGAGAAGAAAGUGCCUUUCGAAGUGAAGGUCCCCAUUGACAAGCCUUAUCCAGUGUACAAGGACGUGCCAUUCCCAUUGGUGAAGGAGGUGCCUUACCCCGUGAAGGUGCAUGUUCCCUUCUACAUCAAGAAGGAGGAGGAGCACCACCACCACGAGCACCACCAGCCCCAGCAACACCACGGUUGGCACUGA